AUGACGCCACCCGCGAACGCGAGCGAACGAGUUGUCAUAGCCGAAUCUGGGGACGCAUUGCUUACCUUACGCAACCCGGGUGCACCCUUCGCUGUUUGGGACCAUGAAGCCGAAGAUGACGAUGCAGCCGAAAACUCUGUCAUUACAGGAGAGGGCAAUGAAGAUGAAGGCGCAGAUCAAGGCCUGAAGGUACAAGGCUCGCCACAGAAGAAGAGAAGGAUGGCGGAAAGAUCGAGGCAGGGAGCAGAGAAUCAAGACGUUUCAGGGGACGAUGCAGAAUGCCCUUGCUUUGUGUAUCAGGUCUCGUCUCAACACCUGAUCACAGCUUCACCGAAGUUCAAGAGCGAGCUGACUUCUUGGAGUGAGAGUCUUAAAGGAGAGGAUGGCUUUUACCAUAUCAACACGACAGAUUGGGAUCAAGAAGCCUUCACUAUCCUACUGAACAUUCUUCAUCUACGCUUCCGUCAAGUGCCGAAGUCGCUAAGCUUGGAACUGCUUGCUAAAGUUGCCAUGCUGGUAGACUAUUACCGAUGCUGGGAAGCUUUCGACUUGAUAGCUGACUUAUGGAUUACGAACCUCCGGAAAGGACACGAAAUACCGCAGAAAUACGAUCGCGAGUCAAUGUUGUGGAUGCUGAUAUCCUGGGUGUUCAAGUUGGAUAAAGUAUUCUCCAGUACCACAAAGAAUGCGCUGCUUCAGAAUGAUGAGCCAAGUGUUCGGGAUAUGGCAUUAGGCAUUCCACCUGUCAUUCUUCGUACCUCGAUACUACUUGGUGCACUCAUGAAACAAGCGAAGAUCAUGGGCAUCUCUUCUCCGCAACCGACGGCGCCAUUCGACGGCAUGAAUGUCACUGGCCUGCGAGAGAAGAUAGAGGGGAUGCAGACACCAAAGUGGUAUGGCUACCGCGGUAUGGGAGACCAUGGCUGUAAUCUCAGGGAUACGGUGAUCCGAGAAGUAUCUAUGGUUGCAACCAACAUUUCUGGACUCACACUAAACGACUUUGUGGAUCGUGGUGAGGUUGAGGCGGAGUAG